GUUCAGCAAACAUCAACGACCGAAGUUUGUUGGGGAAAUGGGACAGCGAGAUGGCUGUUCUUGUGGAAGACACUGAGAUGGAGGAAUCUGUGAUGGAUGGUGAAGAAUACCAAGCUGGAAGAUUCGCCCGGCACCUUCGACUCCAGUGUUUCAAAGUACACCUUGGCCUGAGCGAUGCCCAGAUCGCUGAGGUUGAAGAUCCUGUCAGUGACCGAUGUUUCCAGGAAAUCUGGAAUGCGACAGCUACCACCAAUGCAGCCAUUUAUGACCAG